CUGCUUGGUACGGGGCUUUGAUAUGGCAACAAAAUGGGGCAUCUGUUCGACAGGAAAAAUCAGCAAUGACUUUCUGGUGGCUUUGGAGACUUUGCCUGCUCAGGAUCACCAGGUUGUGGCUGUGGCAGCAAGAGAUCUCAAGCAGGCCAGGGACUUUGCCCAGAUCCGAAAAAUACCCAAAGCGUAUGGAUCAUAUGAGGAGCUUGCUAAGGAUCCUAAUAUUGAUGUAAUAUAUGUUGGGGUCCUGCACACGGUCCAUAGGGAUGUGGUGCUGAUGUUUCUGCAGAACAAGAAAAAUGUUUUGUGUGAAAAGCCACUAGCCAUGAACUCAGCUGAAGUUCAGGAACUUACCUCAGCUGCAAGAGCAUAUAAUGUAUUCUUUAUGGAGGCUUUAUGGAGUCGCUUCUUUCCAGUUUAUGAGCAGAUCCGCACUCUUUUGUCCCAGAAUGCUAUUGGAGAUGUGAAGGUUGUAAGGGCAGAAUUUGGUUCAAACCAACAUCAUGUUCCACGAGCAGUGCAGAAAGAACUGGGUGGAGGAGCACUACUAGACAUUGGUUGCUACUGUAUUCAGUUUGCUUUGAUGGUAUUUAAUGGGGAAAAACCAGAGUCUGUAACUGCCAAGGGUUUUCUGUAUGACACUGGAGUGGAUGAAACAGUGACAAUUAUCCUCCAGUAUCCUGGAAAACGGCAAGCCAUCCUUACUUGCACUAUAAUGGCUGCAAUGCCAAAUCAGGCUGCCAUUUGUGGCUCAAAGGGAAUGAUUCAGGUUCCUUCCUGCAUGUGGUGUCCAACAUCAGUAAUUGUGAAUGGAAAAGAAACCAAAUUCCCCCUUCCUCAUUCUACAAAGCCAAUGCACUUUACUAACAGCACUGGGCUAAGCUAUGAAGCUGAACAUGUACGGCAGUGUCUCUUGAAAGGGCUGAAGGAAAGUCCAAUAAUGAGGCUGAAGGAUAGUGAGCUGCUGUCCAGGAUCAUGGAUGAAGUUCGUGGGCAACUUGGUGUCAAAUUCCCUCAGGACAGAAUAUAAAAUAUUUCAAAAUAUUUCUGCAAAGUAAUAAAAUGGAAAUUAAAAUGUAGAAAGGUCACAAAUUAAAAUUACCCAUGCUGUCUACAGUAUAUAUAUUGUAACUGCAAACCCACUGCAGCUUCACUUUCAGAAUGAAUCCUAGGCUUUUCUUUAUACCUUCUCUUUUACUAUAUUUUACUUUCUACUGGGGCAAUGUAAUAAAAAGUGCAAAGUUUCUAGUAGUGCUAGUAACCAAUCAGAUUGUAGCAUUUACUGGUCUCCUGCAAACAUCUGGUUAUUAGACCUCGAACAAAUGUAGCGCCCACUACUGCCUUAUGCCAUGUGUCUUUUAUAUUUUUAAACUUCAUUGAGGGUAAUGUAGUAAGAGGUGGGAAGACUGCUACAGGUUAUAAGCUUUCCCAAACAGAAACCUACUGCUGCAGUUCCUAGCUCUACUAAUUUGUAUAGCAUUAUGCAGCAGGUCCAUCCUAUUACUACCUGUUUCAUGCCUUUAAAAAUGUCAAUCCUAUUCCCUACCCUGGCCUCAUCAUAGGUUCCUUGUUACCUGUCCUGAAUAUGAUACUGCAGGAUCUUGCUAAGGUCUUUUUGACUGUUUCCAGACCUUGCCUCUGCUUCCCAUAAACCUCUCUUGACCUUGAACUUGCCCCCCCUCCUUUUCUGGACAUUGCCUUUAUGUCUGGUUUCCAGUCCCAACUGUACCUGCCUUGCCUGUUUCACCUGCUUGCAUGUUACCUACCUGUUAUCCCUGUUCCCAGUACCUGUAGGCCAUCAACCCCUACUAAAUAUCUAUGCAGAUCUGAACUUUCAAUUUCCCCUUCCAAUAAAUGUUUUUUACUCCAUUAAUUUUUCUUUUUUUCUGAAUAUUUCCCAUAUUUUGUCAACACUUUUUGUAUUUUACAUUUUUCUUUACAUCCAGCCACCUCAAAAUUAAUUCCAAUUUUCACUAGAUGUCCAAGUUAUCUUGAUCCCCAGAGAAGGUUCUACUGCAUUCUGUUGGUUUUUAUCCCUCACAUUGGUUGACACUGUGUAUGUGUUCUAAUAAAUGAAUAUGCUACUGAA